CUCUUUGAUUCAACAUGGCUAAAAAAGGUGGUAACAAAAAGAAAAACGCUGCUCGUAAACAACAACAGAAAAAGAACAAUGCACCCGUCAAUGAACAACAGGUGCCUAGAAACGAUAUCAUCAACGAACCUACAGCUCAAGGCGAUUCUCUUGAAGAACCUCCCAAGACAGAAAUCAAGACAGAACCAGUUCCUGUUGAGAUCAAUCAUGAAACUGUCGUUGUCGAACAAUCCCUCUUACCCGAAACUGUCGAAUUGACUCAAGUUGAGCCUAUUCCUGAAGAAAAGAAGGAUGUGUUUCCGGCUUUAGCUUCUGUCAAGAUCGACAUGCCUGCUCCUGUCAAUGCUCAAGAGUCAGUUCAGGAACCUUUGCUACAAGAAAAGGAAGAACAACCAGAGGUUGUCAUUGUGACCGAAAAGUCCACCGAAGAAGUCAAAACAGAUGAAGUUGAAGCUAAGGAACCUGAAGUCAAGGAAGCUGAAGCUGAAGCCAAGGAACCUGAAACUGAAGCUAAGGAGCCUGAGGUUAAAGAAGCUGAAGUCGAAGUUAAAGAAUCUGAAGUUGAAACCAAGGAACCUGUCAUUGAAGCUAAAGAACCAGAAGCAAAGACCACUGAAUUAAAGAUGGCUGAGCCCGAAGCAAAGACCACUGAACCCGAAACCAAGACCGCUCAAAUUGAAAAGGAGAUCGAAGCCACUGUUGCCCAGACCAAAGAAGAACCUGAAACAUUGGAAACUGAAACAGUAAAGGAUGAAGUCAAGGUUGAACAAGAAGCUACAACCAACGACGAUGAAACGUUAGUCAGAGCAACAGCUGAAAAGAGUCAGAUUGAAUCUACAACAGAAACUGUCAGAUCACAAAGCGUUUCUACUGAAGCUUACACAGAAGUCACUACUAUUCAUGAAGAUCAACAAGCAACAGAAAAAGUCUCCAUGAAGAAGCUUCAAAAGCAAAAGAGUAUUGCCAAGAGGAAGUCUCAAAUUUUGGGUUUAUUCAAGCGUGAUAAGCUCGAAAAGGAAAAUAAGUUGUUGCCUGCUAUUAGUGAAGUUAAAAAGUCUGAAAAGAAGGCUGAAAAGAAGCGCAAGUCUUGGAUGUUCUGGAAACCAUCCACACCUGCUAUUCAACAAAAAUAAUUGUCAUAGAUUCCCCUUUUUAUUCUCUCUUUUACUUUUUACGCUUAUAAUCAAUCCUACACUUUUAUGCCUUAUUUAAUAAAAAAAAAACAUGUACGCAUCUCUCUUCACUUUAUGCAAGGGGCAGGC